AGGCGCGCUGGACCAGGGCCCUUGGCGGUGCUUUGCGCAUGCGCCUCCGGCGCCGACUGAAGUAGCAAUGGACGCGUUGGAGUCGUUGUUGGACGAAGUGGCUCUGGAGGGGCUCGAUGGCCUGUGUCUGCCAGCGCUGUGGAGCCGUUUGGAGACGCGAGUGCCGCCCUUCCCGCUGCCUUUGGAGCCCUGCACGCAGGAGUUUCUGUGGCGAGCCCUCGCCACGCACCCGGGCAUCAGCUUCUAUGAGGAGCCUCGGGAGCGACCCGACCUCCAGCUCCAGGACCGGUAUGAAGAAAUUGAUUUGGAAACUGGAAUUCUGGAGUCUAGGAGGGACCCGGUGCCUUUGGAGGACGUCUACCCGAUUCAUAUGAUCUUAGAGAAUAAGGAUGGCAUCCAAGGCUCCUGCCGCUACUUUAAGGAGAGGAAAAACAUUACCAAUGACAUCAGAACCAAGUCUCUGCAGCCUCGAUGUACGAUGGUAGAAGCCUUUGACAGGUGGGGGAAGAAACUGAUCAUCGUUGCCUCCCAGGCCAUGCGGUACAGGGCCUUGAUAGGCCAGGAGGGGGAUCCGGACCUGAAGCUGCCCGACUUCUCCUAUUGCAUCCUGGAGCGGUUAGGCCGGUCCAGGUGGCAAGGGGAGCUCCAGCGAGACCUGCACACCACUGCUUUCAAGGUUGAUGCUGGGAAGUUGCACUACCACAGAAAAAUUUUGAACAAAAAUGGGCUGAUUACGAUGCAGUCUCAUGUGAUCCGAUUACCCACUGGAGCCCAGCAACACUCAAUCCUCCUCCUACUGAACCGGUUUCAUGUGGACAGGAGAAGCAAAUAUGACAUCCUCAUGGAGAAGCUUUCAGGCAUGCUGAGCACGCGGACUAACCACAUAGAGACGCUGGGAAAGCUGAGGGAAGAGCUGGGGCUGUGUGAAAGGACGUUUAAGCGUCUGUACCAGUAUAUGCUGAAUGCCGGGCUAGCCAAGGUGGUGUCUCUUCGCUUGCAAGAGAUCCACCCUGAAUGUGGACCUUGUAAGACAAAGAAAGGGACCGAUGUCAUGGUUCGGUGCCUUAAGCUGCUGAAGGAAUUUAAACGGAAUGACCAUGACGAUGACGAGGACGAGGAGGUCAUCUCCAAGACAGUGCCUCCAGUGGACAUCGUCUUCGAGCGAGAUAUGCUCACGCAGACCUACGACCUCAUUGAACGCAGAGGCACGAAAGGAAUUUCCCAAGCUGAAAUCCGAGUGGCUAUGAAUGUGGGAAAACUGGAGGCAAGAAUGCUAUGCCGGCUUCUUCAAAGAUUCAAAGUUGUCAAGGGAUUCAUGGAAGAUGAAGGUCGGCAGCGGACCACCAAAUACAUUUCCUGCGUAUUUGCAGAGGAGAGCGACCUAAGCCGGCAGUACCAAAGAGAGAAGGCCCGGAGCGAGCUCCUGACCACCGUAAGCCUGGCGUCCAUGCAGGAGGAGUCGCUUCUGCCUGAAGGCGAGGAUACCUUCCUCUCUGAGUCGGACAGCGAGGAGGAGAGGAGCAGCAGCAAGCGGAGAGGCAGAGGGGCCCAGAGGGACACAAGAGCCUCUGCGAACGUCCGGCCCAAGACCCAGCCUCAUCACUCCACCCCAGCCAAGGGUGGGUGGAAAGUUCUAAACCUACACCCGUUGAAAAAGCAGCCGCCCUCCUUCCCGGGAGCUGCUGAAGAGAGAGCCUGCCAGAGCCUUGCCAGCAGGGACAACGUCUUAGACACCAGCAGCGUCUCAGACCCCAACGUGUCCUUUGUCUCCCACUGCACAGACAGUAACAGUGGUGACAUAGCUGUGAUCGAGGAGGUCCGCAUGGAAAACCCAAAGGAGAGUAGCAGUUCCCUGAAGACUGGGAGGCACAGCUCAAGCCAAGACAAACCCCACGAAACUUACCGACUGCUGAAACGCAGGAAUCUGAUCAUAGAAGCCGUCACCAACCUUCGCUUAAUCGAGAGUUUAUUCACGAUCCAGAAGAUGAUCAUGGAUCAGGAGAAGCAGGAAGGGGUGUCUACGAAGUGCUGUAAGAAGUCCAUUGUCCGCUUGGUGCGGAACCUGUCUGAGGAAGGUCUCUUGCGACUAUAUCGGACCACCGUCAUUCAAGAUGGCAUCAAGAAGAAGGUGGAUCUGGUGGUGCACCCAUCCAUGGACCAGAACGACCCUCUGGUGCGAAGUGCCAUCGAGCAGGUCCGCUUCCGGAUCUCCAAUUCCAGCACAGCCAACAGGGUUAAAACUUCCCAGCCUCCAGUGCCCCAAGGGGAGGCAGAAGAAGACAGUCAAGGAAAAGAAGGCCCUAGUGGAUCAGGAGACUCUCAGCUGAGUGCUUCCUCUAAGUCAGAAAGUGGACGGAUGAAAAAAAGUGAUAAGAAAAUGGGCAUAACCCAGCUUAGAAAUUAUCAUCCCGUUGUAGUUCCUGGACUGGGGCGUUCUCUAGGGUUUCUGCCCAAAAUGCCUCGCCUGCGAGUGGUCCACAUGUUUCUGUGGUAUCUCAUCUAUGGGCACCCUGCCAGUGACAGCAUGGAGAAGCCAAGCUUCAUCAGUGAAAGGAGAAAGAUAAAGCAGGAGCCAGGCAGGGCAUGUGUCCGGCCAUCCUCCUCUGGAAGUGCCUGGGAGGCCUGCUCGGAAGCCCCAUCCAAAGACAGCCAAGAUAGCGUCACCUGGGAGGCUGAAGUGGAGCUGGCCACAGAGACAGUGUAUGUGGACGACGCCUCGUGGAUGCGCUACAUCCCUCCCAUCCCAGUCCACAGGGAGUUUGGCUUUGGCUGGGCUCUCGUCAGUGACAUCCUCCUCUGCCUUCCCCUCUCCAUCUUCGUCCAGAUUGUGCAAGUCAGCUACAAGGUGGACAACCUGGAGGAAUUUCUGAACCACCCACUGAAGAAGCACACGCUGAUCCGCUUUCUCCCCAGGCCCAUCCGGCAGCAGCUUCUGUAUAAGAGGCGCUACAUUUUUUCAGUGAUGGAGAACCUUCAGAGGCUGUGUUACAUGGGGCUGCUACAGUUUGGUCCCACGGAAAAGUUUCAGGAUAAGGAUCAGGUCUUUGUCUUCUUGAAGAAGAAUGCAGUCAUUGUUGACACCACCAUCUGUGACCCACAUUACAACCUGGCCCGCAGCAGCCGGCCCUUCGAGAGGCGCCUCUAUGUCCUGAACUCGAUGCAGGAUGUGGAAAACUACUGGUUUGACCUGCAAUGUGUCUGCCUCAACACCCCACUAGGGGUGGUGCGCUGCCCGCGCAUCAGGAAGAACAGCAGCACAGACCAGGGCAGCGAUGAGGAAGGCAGCCUGCAGAAGGAGCAGGAGAGCGCCAUGGACAAGCACAACCUGGAGCGCAAGUGCGCCAUGCUGGAGUACACCACUGGAAGCCGUGAGGUGGUGGAUGAAGGCUUGAUCCCCGGAGAUGGGCUGGGUGCUGCAGGGCUUGAUUCCAGUUUCUAUGGACACCUUAAGCGCAACUGGAUCUGGACCAGCUACAUCAUCAACCAGGCCAAAAAGGAGAGUACUGCCGCAGAGAAUGGACUCACAGUGAGGCUUCAGACGUUUCUGUCCAAGCGCCCAUUGCCCCUUGGUGCCGGAGGCAACAGCAGGUUGAAUAUUUGGGGGGAAGCAAGAGUAGGCUCCGAGCUCUAUGCCGGCCAGGAAGAGCAGUUUGAGGUGGACCGAGAGCCCACGCUGGACCGAAACCGGAGAGUGAGGGGUGGGAAAAGCCAGAAGCGGAAGCGGCUGAAGAAGGACCCUGGGAGGAAGAUCAAGAGAAGGAAGAAAGGAGAGUUCCCAGGAGAAAAAAGCAAAAGGCUGCGCUACCACGAUGAAGCCGACCAGAGCGCCCUGCAGCGCAUGACGCGGCUACGUGUCACCUGGUCCAUGCAGGAGGACGGGCUGCUCGUGCUCUGCCGCAUCGCCAGCAACGUCCUCAACACCAAGGUGAAGGGCCCAUUUGUCACCUGGCAGGUGGUACGGGACAUUUUGCAUGCCACGUUUGAAGAGUCUUUGGAUAAAACAUCUCAUUCCGUCGGACGAAGAGCUCGCUACAUAGUCAAAAACCCACAGGCCUACCUGAACUACAAGGUGUGCCUGGCCGAGGUGUAUCAGGAUAAAGCGCUCGUUGGAGAUUUCAUGAAUCGAAGAGGUGACUAUGAAGAUCCAAAGGUUUGUGCCAACGAGUUUAAAGAAUUUGUGGAGAAGCUUAAAGAGAAGUUCAGUUCAGCCCUGAGGAAUUCUAACCUUGAAAUCCCAGACACACUCCAGGAGCUAUUUGCCAGGUACCGAGUUUUGGCAAUUGGGGAUGAAAAGGAUCAAACCAGGAAAGAGGAUGAACUUAACAGUGUGGAUGACAUCCACUUUCUGGUGCUCCAGAACCUGAUCCAGAGCACGCUGGCCCUCUCGGACAGUCAGAUGAAGUCCUACCAGUCAUUCCAGACUUUCCGCCUCUAUCGGGAGUACAAGGACCACGUUCUCGUGAAGGCCUUUAUGGAGUGCCAGAAAAGAAGCUUGGUCAACCGGCGCCGCGUCAACCACAUGCUGGGCCCCAAGAAGAACCGGGCCCUGCCCUUUGUGCCAAUGUCCUACCAGCUGUCCCAGACCUACUACAGGAUUUUUACAUGGCGGUUUCCAAGCACCAUCUGCACGGAGUCAUUCCAGUUUUUGGACAGAAUGCGGGCUGCCGGCAAGUUGGACCAGCCUGAUCGUUUCUCUUUCAAAGACCAGGAUAAUAACGAGCCCACAAAUGACAUGGUGGCCUUUUCAUUGGACGGCCCUGGAGGAAAUUGUGUGGCCGUCCUGACCCUCUUCUCUCUGGGCCUUAUUUCCGUGGACGUCAGGAUCCCGGAGCAGAUCAUCGUGGUAGACAGCUCAAUGGUGGAGAAUGAGGUCAUCAAAAGCUUGGGGAAGGACGGCAGCCUAGAAGACGAUGAGGAUGAAGAUGAAGACUUGGACGAAGGCAUCGGGGGCAAGCGCCGGAGCAUGGAGGUGAAGCCCGCCCAGGCCUCCCACACCAACUACCUGCUGAUGAGGGGCUACUACUCCCCCGGCAUCGUCAGCACCCGCAACCUCAACCCCAACGACAGCAUCGUGGUCAACUCCUGCCAGAUGUGGCCAGGAGAAAUCCAGUCAGCUAUAGGCAGGGGCCUGGGGUCACGGAUGAGGAGCCUGACUCCCCGGCGCCCAACUCGUCCACCCAGCAGUGACCCCUGUGCGCUGGAGCGUGCCUUUCCUACGUGUGGCCUGUGCAUUGGCGGGGGGACGAGGGCCUCUGUCGGGUUGCCUCUGAUCUUCCUCCGUGUCUUCCCAGCCGCUCCUCUGGAAGAGCUAACGGUGGGAACCUCCUGCCUCCCUGACACAUUCACCAAGCUGAUAAGCCCCCAGGAAAACACCUGCAGCUUGGAAGAGUUUGUCUUCCGGCUGGAGCUCUCUGGGUAUAGUCCUGAAGACCUGACUGCUGCCUUGGAGAUCCUGGAAGCCAUUGUAGCCAUGGGUUGUUUUGGGAUCGACAAGGAGGAGCUGCGCAGACGGUUCUCGGCUUUGGAGCAGCCAGGUGGUGGGCGUACCAGGACAUUCGCAGACUGCGUCCAGGCCCUCCUGGAACAGCAGCAGGUGCUGGAGGUCGGCGGCAACACUGUGCGCCUGGUGGCCAUAGGCUCUGCCUGGCCCUGGCUCCUGCAUUCUGUGAGGCUGAAAGACAGAGAGGAGGAUGCCCAUGCCCAGAGAGAAGACCCUCAGGCCAGACCCCUGGAGGGGUCUUCCAGCCAGGAUGGGCCUCCGGAGGGGCAGGCACCCCCUUCUCACAGCCCCCGGGGCACCAAGAGGUAUGCUGUCUGGGCCAGUGAGAUCGGGGAGACCCCUGCCAAGAGGCCGGCGCUGCAGGACUCAAACUUGGCCCCCAGCCUCGGGCCUGGAACAGAAGACUGGGCAGAGGCCCAGGCCCCAUCUCCACCCCCAGCUCUUGAAGACACAGCUGCGGCAGAAGCUGUGCAGGAAGACCAAGAGGGUGUCGGGGAGUUCAGUUCCCCAGGCCAAGAGCAGCUGAGUGGCCAGGCCCAGCCUCCAGAGGGCACUGAAGACCCCAGAGGGUUCACAGAGAGUUUUGGAGCCAGCAGCAUCUCCCAGGCAGCGCGGGAAAGGGACUGUGAGAGCGUCUCCUUCAUCGGCCGGCCAUGGCGUGUGGUGGACGGCCACCUGAACCUGCCUGUGUGCAAGGGCAUGAUGGAGGCCAUGCUGUACCACAUCAUGACCAGGCCUGGCAUCCCCGAGAGCUGCCUGCUGCGCCACUACCAGGGGGUUCUGCAGCCCGUCGCCGUGCUGGAGCUGCUCCAGGGCCUGGAGUCCCUCGGCUGCAUCCGGAAGUGCUGGCUGAGAAAGCCAAGGGCCGUCUCACUCUUCUCUACACCUGUGGUGGAAGAAGUGGAGGCACCCUCCAGCCUGGGCGAGAGCCCCAUGGCCUUCUACGAGCCCACCUUGGACUGUACCCUCCGGCUGGGCCGUGUGUUUCCCCACGAGGUCAACUGGAACAAGUGGAUCCACCUCUAGGACCCCUGUGGGCGUCCCUCCUCCCAGCCACUGCCUGCCACGCCACCCCGCCUGGUGCUCGGCAGACCCUACCGUGCCCCAGCCUUGGGUCUGCCAAGCCUCCUGCAGCAGGGGACGGGUGCUCUGGCCAGAGCCCCAGCCCGACACGUUUCCCACUCUCCUGGAACUCUGGAAAGAGGGGCUUCUCCACCUGCCAGUGCCCCAGGCUCUUCUGGGCCUGUCCCCUGGGGACUGGCCUCAUCACACCGGGAAUUGGUAAUCUUGUCUCGGGGUCUCUGGAGUUGGCCCCGCCUGUGCACACCUCACAUUCCAGACUCCAGCCAUCAAGGCAGGGUCUCCUGGCUCCUUGAGUGCCCUAGUGCCACUGAGAGCAAGGGCCUUGUGGGAUACACCUUGCAGAAUAGUGGCAGUGUGCCCUGCUGCCAUGGGGCCCCCGGGGGACUGCGGCCCCUCCCCAGGCAGGACAUCCCAACCCCUGGGUGGGACAGCCCCCCAGAGCGGAGCCUGGAGCUUCCUCUCUGGCCUGUGAGUCACCUGGCAGGCCCGGCUGGGCUGGCUCUCGUGUCCCUCCGCCUGGCUGCUGAUUCCCUGUGGGCCAGAAAUGAGUCCCUGUAGGUUUUGGUUUUGUUUGUUUUAUUUUGUUCUUUCACCUUUUUUCCUCAUUAAAAAAAAAAAAAAAAGUCCCUGUGGAGUGGAUUUAUUUAUUUUUUGAUUAAAGGGAAGUAAAA